AUGGAACACGAGUACAACACACGUAGCUUGUGGGCAAACCAAACCAAGGAAAAACAAGUCUCGCGUAGUCCCGAAGCCCUGCGAAGCUAUAGAAAUUCUGCACAGCUUGAGCAUAUCGGUAUCGUGCAGCGUCGGCAGCAGCAUAUUGUCAGGGAAAUGGAUAGCGAGUUCAAGUUCAUCAGAUGCCCUGUCGAGAGCUUCAUGAACACCUACCUGCCUUUUGUCCCAAAUGACAAGGAAACGCAAUAUUUUGUCCAGCAACUUUUACAGGGCACUUUAACGGGGGCUGGUAAUGCUUCUCAUUCCAGCGACGUAACUACACGGCCAGUGUUGUCUGUAUUAACGGGAAACGAGACAACUUUCGCUUUUCGAGAUUACCCACUCCAGAGAAAGCGGGGGCGGCAGUCUAACAGCAAAAUCACCGUCUUUCGAGGAUGGGAGAAGAUUGCACAGACCAUUGGAAAUAUUGAAUAUCCUGGGGAACGAAAACGCAACAAAUUCAGCUACGCAAACGUGCCGAACAAGAGGAUAGCUUCCUCCAACCGAGGCUACAACAACAAAAUCGAUGCCGCAUUUGUUGCAGCCUGCGAUACGCACAAGCCGCUUCAGACGACCGACGUAGCUGUUGUAGUCGGGCACAAAGUUGCUGCGUCGCACACUCGGCAAAACGCGUUACAUGUCGUCUCUUCCAAUGUUCAGAUUAUGAACGAAGACGUACGUCGUAUGUUCACUUUCGGGAUAACAGCCGAAAGGCAUAAUGUCACGCUGUGGUAUCAUGAUCGUUCACAUUCAGCCGCAUCGUAUCCCUUUAACUUAUCCACGAAUCCUAAAUUAUUCAUACAAGUUCUUAUUGCAUUUUUGUUUGCAACGGAAGAAGAGCUUGGCUACGAUUCAAUGGUAAAGCUUAAACCCGACCGAAACUACACAUUCAAGAUUCCAAGUUUACCGGGCAGCGACAAGGUUCGGUUCUUUCGCACCGUGGAGGGCCUGUCGCUCUAUCAUUCGAACGGCAUCACUGGUCGAAUGACGCGUGUUUAUAAAGUCGUUGAAGUCAGAGAAAACGGCGAAGCGUUUGGAGAUCCUCUCGUUUUGAAAGACGUGUGGCUCGACAGCUCUGCGAAAACGGAAAAAGAGAUACAGAACGCCAUUUUUACCGAUAUCAAACAAUUUUGGGACUGCCCAGACGACCCGCCGGAAUUAAAAGGCUUCAAAGAAUCUCACAAAAAUAUUGUUGGCGAUGACAGCUAUAAGCAGUACUUUCUCCAGAUUGUCCUGGACUACAGCGGACAGAAAACUAAAGUACGAGUAGAGAGAGGAACCGAAGUCAGAGGUUUCUUCGACGCUGAGCAAGACCUCGCACUGGAUGCUCCGGUAACUGGUACCGCAUCACAAGGAUCGCAGUCUAUGAAUGAUCAGACAUUUGUAAACACACAGCGAAUUGUUUCCCAACCACCAGCACUUCCAGCUAUUCCAAGCGAGCAGAAGAGGCAAUAUCGCAUCCUUUUCAAGGAGAUUUGUAGACCUUCUGGACGGCUCGAAACCCUUGGAGAAGUGGUCAAUGUGCUAUCGCAAACCCUCAUCCCGCUCCAGCUUUUGUUUUUGCGCGGGAUGGAGAGCAAGGGCCCGUGGCUCGCGAAGCUUUCUGACCUUGAAUAUGCCAAGAAAUUUUCUUUGCCAAAAGGUACUGCCCCCGCAGCAGAUCAAAAGACCGGAACACCGUACUUUAUGCCUCUGGAGCUUAUGAUGUCGUCUUACCUCUUUUCUGCUGAAUUCAUCAAUGCAAUCAUCGAAGCGCCCCUUGAUCCUGCCAAAAAUACAAUCAAAACUGAACAAAAACGUAUAAACGCGGAGAGGCUCGCCCAAUUCAAACAAAAGCUUCAGAUGUCUACAACUGCCAAAAAGGCCACUGGAGUCGUUCACAAUUUUCAGUACGAUUUAGAAUCGAUAUGGUGGAUUCUUCUCUGGAAUAUAUGCUGCCGUCUUCACCCAGAGCACUCGACACAGUCCCUCCAGGACUUUGGCAAGGCUAUUUUCGUGAAUGAGAUGAAGCCAACUGAUUCCAGAAUGAGGUGCAUCACCGAACCCUCAAUCGGAGAAUCUAUCGUCGCCGAGGCACCAGAAUCGCUUUUCCCUCUUGUCAGUGCUCUCUUUCUGUUGAGGCAUGAUCUCUACCAGCACUACGUCGAUCGUGGUAAAAGGGAAACAUAUGAUGAUAUCAGAUCGUACUCUAAGAUCCAUAACAUCUUCUUCUACAUCUUUAAACUCCUCAAUAAAGAAGUUACUGAGGCUUCUGAACCUCAAAAUCCUGACGACGAUGAAGGGGAUUCACAUUGGUCCAAAAUCCCUUUAUUGGUCAAGGAACGUAUUAGGAAUUCUGGGGCAGAAGGAUCAGCCGUGGGAGAACCGGAGCGUAAGCGUCCUCGAUCCAACGAAGACCAUGUCGAUGCGAGGGAGGUCGAGAGCGAAGGUAGGACCGGCGCCAAGCAAUCUAGAAAGAAGUAA